CACCCCCCCGAGCCCGGUGCCUGCUGGGAGAUGUAGUUCCCCUCUCCGUCCGCCGAGCAGGGCAAUCCGGCGGCGCGCACGGCCAGCAGGCGGAACCAGCCCGUUUUGCAAAAACCGUCUAUCUCCUCCUCCAAUUUUUUUUUUUGGGGGGGGUCUUUGCAAGCGGGAUCGCGGGGUGGGGGUGCGGUGCAAGCUUUCUCCCGAGGAGCCGGCCCCGAUCCUUCCGCGCGGCACCCCCUUGGGGCGUAGGGCCCGGGUGCGCGCACCUUCCCUUUCUGCAGACGCGCGCCCGGCGGGGUCUUCCUUCCCACGCCCCGCGCACCCACAGUUUUUUGGAGGGGAGUGUGUGUUUGUGUGUGCGCGCGCGCUCGCGCCCUUCCCUCUCCUCGCGCAGCCCAGGAUCGGGCGCAGGAGGUGGGCGCGCUGCGGAGCCUGCCGCUCCCCCGAGGAUCCGGGCCCACGGAUGGCCGUCGGGGCUGCCGCGCAGGUGCCAGUGCGGUGUGAGGACGCGGCCCUGUAUCUUGCCCCUGAGCGCUGGAAGGAGUGGGCAGCACAUGAGGACGCCAUGCGGGAGAAUUACGGCGCCACCAUCGCUUUGGGAUCGCCAGUCACCAAGGCCGAGAUGGUUGCCCAGAUUGAGGAAGGCGGCCCGCUGCUGCUUAAUGGUCAGGGGGAUGUCCAGCCCAGGGAGCGGUCGGAUGCUGCCGACACAGGAUGCGUCUCUCUGGAGACUGAGGAUGCCAGGAAGAGCGAAGAGCAGCGAAGGGCCAGGGAGGAGCAGAGGAUGAGAGGAGAAGCCCCCAGAGGCCCAGAGAGAGGCGGGUGGCUGCUCCGCGCGGUGAAGGUGGAAGCAGAGGAAGAAUACUCGGAGUGGCCGGCAGGGCUGAGCGCAGAGGUGCUGCUCUCGGGACUGCCCGUUGCAGCGGGAGUCUGCAAGUCCGAAGGCCUGAACCCCGCGGAGGAGUACGGCAGCGCCAACGGAGGAGGAGGCGGCCUCGGCGAGCUGUCGGGCUUGGCGCUGCAGCAGUGGCAGAUGCUGAGCGAGGAGAAGCCGCUGGGCUGCCCCCGUUGCGAAAAUCCGGGACCCCCACCUGCCAGCGGCCCUGGGGACACCCGCCCUCGCCCCUUCACCUGCCCGCAGUGUGGGAAGGCCUUUGGCAAGAAGGCCCACCUGACGCGCCACGCGCGGGUGCACACCGGCGAGCGCCCCUUCGCCUGCGCCCACUGCGGGCGCCGCUUCUCGCAGAAGAUCCACCUGGGCUCGCAUGAGCGGGUGCACACCGGCGAGCGCCCCUUCCCCUGCGACCGCUGCGCCAAGAGCUUCCGCAAGAAGACGCACCUGGUGCGCCACCAGCUCACCCACACCGGCGAGCGGCCCCACGCCUGCCCGCUCUGCGACCGCACCUUCGUGCACCGCAGGCACCUGCUGCGCCACCAGCGCCUCCACGAAGAGGGGGCCCCGCCGGCGCAUGGGGAGCUUCCGGAGGCGGGUCAAGCCGCGACAGGGGUCUGCAGGGGUGGCGCCGAACCUGGGCAGGAUGUGGCCAUCUGCGGUGGGGAGCACGGUGGAAUGGGACAGGUUGCAACCGUCGAAACCGGGCACGUAGCCGAUGUCUGCGCAGAGCAGGGCAGACUUGGGCUGGCGACCGUUUCGUACAGCAACGAGGUCGGACUGGGGCAGUUUCCUGCCUCCUGCGUGGGGCAGGCGGAGCCGUAUCCGAGUGCAGUCCUGUUUAAGGCUCAGGCAGAUCCCAAGUUGGGGAGAAUCCCUGGCAUGGAACACCCCGGGCAGAGGGACGGUGGCAUGGCGGGUCCCGGAAUGGUCUACCCUGAGCAAGGCCACUUCGGUGCCCUCUGCAGGGUGCAGGGGGAAGCAGAGGGUGGAGCCCCCUGCAUGGAGCAAGUUGGCAAGAUUGAACCGCAAGAGGAGGAGGAGGAAGAGGAACCGAACCCAUGCCAACGCCCAGAAGAAAAGCCAUUCCUGUGCUCCGACUGUGGAAAAGCAUUUGCCUGGAGGAAGAACUUGGCAUCGCACCAGCGGCUCCACGCCGAGGGCGGCCGCCCGUUCUCCUGCGCCGAGUGCGGGAGGGGCUUCAGCGACAAGCGCCACCUGACGGCGCACCUCCGCGGGCACAUGGGCCUGCUGCCCUAUGCCUGCCCACACUGCGAGAGGAGCUUCGCGCACCGGGCCGGGCUGGCGGCUCACCAGUGUGGCGGGCACGCCGGGCAGCGCCCUUUCUCCUGCAGCGAGUGCGGGCGCUGCUUCGCCCACAAGAGGCACCUGCAGAGGCACCGGCGCAACCAGCACUCAGCCGAGCGCCCGUUCUCCUGUGCCCAGUGCGGGCGCGCCUUCGGCACCCGGGCCAGCCUCCUGGCGCACGUCAAGUCCCACGCCGGGCAGCGUCCCUUCGCCUGCCCUCUGUGUGGGCGCGCAUUCAGCCGCAAGUCGCACCUGGCGCGCCACGAGGCAGUGCACACGGGCCUGCGCCCCCAUGCCUGCGCCCAGUGCCCGCGGCGCUUCAGCUCCAAGACCAACCUGGUGCGCCACCAGGCCGUCCACACCGGCCUGCGCCCCUACAUCUGCACCCACUGCGCCCGCAGCUUCAGCCGCAAGACCCACCUCUUGCGCCAUGAGCGCACGCACACCAGUGCGCCCCUGCCCAGCAGCCCCACUGUGUGGCCGGCUGCCUUGCCCCAGGACUCCCUCCCACAGCAGCAGCAGCAGCAGCAAGAGCAGCCCCUCAUUUUCCCCAUGGCUUUUGGGGCCACCUGGCAAUGACCCAAAAGCCACGUAACUCUGCUGCAGGAAAGUGUGUACUCUGUGCUAUAAAGAAUCAAAACAAGCCCUGCAGAAAUAAAUUGCACACCAGUGUCUGCAGCCUAACUAUACUGCAAAGUAAUCAUAUUUUUCAUAAUGCAGAAAGCUAUGCUCCCCCCCCCCCCGGCUAAGACAAUAAACUUUUCAUAAUUUAUUUUAUUCUUGCUAGUCACUCAUAUAGGCAAUAAACUCCCCGUGGCAUUGAAAGCCUUGCUUCACAGCUGUUGGGCUAUAUUCUCAGUGGCUUCUGAGGGUUCUCCAGACUCUCUCUGCAACAUCCAAGCCUAACUCCACCUCCAUAAGGGCUAGAAGCUUGGGCUUUUUUGGGGGGGGGGAAUGAAUAAGAUCCGGGAGAAGCUCAAUGGCGCACUUUUUGCAGGGAUUCUUUGAACACGCACCUGAGAUACAUAAACCUGGCCACUGGCCCAGAGUGGGCGAAACGUCUCAGUAUCCAGACCUUUUCAGCUUUAAAUAAUAAUGGAAACUUUUUUAAAAAAAAAAUUGCCAACAAAUCAUUUUAGUAGCAUCCUCAAGCGAAUGUACAUUAUGUUUUGUAAAGCCUUGGAAACAGAAAAGAAAAAAAAAGUUAUGUCAGUUCUGACUUUAGCCCUGAUGCUUUCAGAAAUAAAUGAUCCUUCAUAAUA